UGACAGGAGAUUGGUGCACAGUUUUUGAAGGCGUACAGUGAAGGGCACAUUACACUUUAAACAGGCGACAUAUAAACGAGUAGUAGAACAGAGCAGACAGCUUUAGAAGACCAACACAACACAGACUUCAUCUGUCAGCCAUGAGGGUCAUCAACCUGGGUCCAGACCCCUCUCUGGCAUAUCGGCCGAAUCUAGAGAAGAAUGAAACCAAAGCAAAAGAGGACUACAGAAACUAUGAGAGUGGAAGCCUGAUUGAUCGUGUGUUCAAAACGUACAAGCUGAUGCAUACAAACCAAACGGUGGACUUUGUAAAUAAAAAGCACUCUGAAUGGACCGGAUGCACCCACACUCAGAUGGGGAUGAUGGAUGCGAUCAUGUCUCUGGACCAGCUGGUAGACGAAUCUGAUCCUGAUGUGGACUUCCCCAACUCCUUCCACGCCUUCCAGACUGCAGAAGGCAUCCGCCAAGCACACCCUGACAAAGACUGGUUCCAGCUGGUGGGUCUGAUCCACGAUGUUGGGAAAGUCAUGGCUCUUUGGGAUGAACCACAGUGGGCUGUAGUUGGUGACACCUUCCCUGUGGGCUGCAAGUUUCAGAGCUCUAUUGUGUUCAGAGACAGCACCUUCCAGGAUAACCCUGAUGAAAAAAAUCCCAAAUAUAAUACUGAAAAUGGGAUCUAUAAAGCAAACUGUGGGCUUAACAACAUCCUCAUGUCCUGGGGCCAUGAUGAGUAUCUCUACCAAGUCCUGAAGUUUAACAAAUGCUCUAUCCCAGAGGAGGGCUUGUAUAUGAUUCGCUUCCAUUCAUUCUACCCCUGGCACUCCCACGGAGACUACAUGCAUCUGUGUGAUGACAAAGAUCUAAGCAUGAUUCCCUGGGUUAAAGAGUUCAACAAAUUUGACCUGUACACAAAAACCACUGACCUGCCUGACGUCGACAAGCUGAAGGUGUACUACCAGGGUCUGAUCGACAAGUACUGUCCUGGUAUACUGAAGUGGUGAAAAAGACAACAAAGGAUUCAUUGAUACAGAGAAUGAUUACAUUGCUUUAAUAAUCUUAUCUUAUAACAGGGGGUCUCUAAGUUUGCCCCCCAUAUAUGUAGCAUUAGAUUAAAAUGGCAACCCCCACCAAAUUCCCUUUAAUUCUUUAGCUUCUUCACACAUUUCAAUAUUUUUGUUCACAUUCAAUAAGCACUUGAUUCCAUGUCCUAUUGUAAACAGCAUUUCAUACUUCAUAUGAAUUAUUUUUCAAUGCCCAGCUGUUUCUGUGGUUGUUGCUCUUUUGCAGCUGGUUCAUGUUCAGUUUAACAGGAAGCAGAUAUCUCUGUCACUUAUGACAGCUGCGUGAUUCUGAUUGGCCAGAGUGGUGGGUUAUUUUUAAUUAGAAUAUUGGCAUAGAAAAAGAAAACAGAUUGUUAUAUGCAGUGAUAUAAACCAUGUAAAAAGACAUAUCCAUAAAGGCAUUGUCACAAAUAA